CGUAUGCUGGGAGAUCCCAAGAUGGCGGCCACCAGUGCCGAUGGGGCGGCGGACGCGGAGGGGUCCCCCUCGUCCCAGCCCCCUCCCCCGUAUCCCGGUCCCCCUGGGUUAGGGGACCACUUUAAACUGAAGCACAUAGACUUCAUGCCGGUGUGUCUGGACGAGGGAGGGUUCCUGUCUCACCCCAAGUACGACCGAUUCGACGGCUGCAUUGAGCUGGCCAAUCAGUGGCUUAUAGAGAACCCGCAGGUGGAGGUUAAGUCCUGCGAGAGCCUGGAAGUACGAGCGAAGGGAAGUAAGGUAAACACAGACCUGGCAACAUACUAUGAGUAUGGCAAGGCACGCAGCUUCUUUGUUCGAGGAUUAAGGGUGUGGUAUGGGCCAAGACUUGACCUUCCUGCUGGUACAUUACCUCAACAGAUUGGUUACCUGAAUGUGGUGCCGGGCUCUACCAACACAGGAGGGGUGUUCCAGUUCCCCGACUUCGAGCCGUUCGGACAGACCAUCAACAGGUUGAACGGGCUUCUGAAGGAAACACCCAUCCCUGGUCGCAUCCUGAACCUGGAGACUCGUGACAUGAAGUACCACGGGACGUGGACGCACCAGGGCGUUGACCCCGACAGGUCCUGUUGGACCCAGAGCGGGGAGACAACAACAAUGUACCUCUUUGUUAUCAGGGUCUUCUAUCUACUGGGCCCUCCUGUGCCUGAAGAAAUAGGUGUAGCAGAUUUUGUACCUGAGAUGAUUUCUCCUCCUCAGGGAAUCUUCAGCAACCCCCAGUUCGAGAACUUCCCCUCCGUCAUGACCAAGGCUCGCUCCUGGGCUGAGGGUCACCUGCGCACAGUCAGGCUCAUCAACAUACAGUCAUUUGAUGUUAAAGUUCAUAGGUCAAAGUUUACAGGAGCUGUAACGAUAGAUUCUCAGCGCGCUUCCCACAUCGAACACGGCAAACACACCACCGCCUUCAUACGCAUCAUCAGGCUCGUCUACGGGAGGCUACGCGGCAGCCUCGACCUGCCCCCGCCCCUUCCCAUGGUGCUCAGCGUGAAGACGUUCGUCCCGGCCAUCAUCUGUCGGGGCGGCAGCUGGGGCAUCCCGCAGUACGAGAGUCUGAGGGACACCAUCAAACGGGCGCAGGUCUGGCUCAGUCUUACAGGUGUCAAUGUGGUGAGUGCAGAGACAAUCUCCAUACGGAUGCACUACGGCAGAAUCUCCGAUGAGGGUGCAGACACCACCCUGACGUACCACCGCACCGACCACGGGUCCUACUUCCUCACGGCCUUCAGGAUCUACAUCGACGGGGUGUACGAGGAACCGUCCCCUGACCUGCUGCCACCGCCGCCAGACGAGUCAGAGUUCAGCAUGGAUGACUUCGGAUGUUGCAAUGUCAUGUAGGGUAUAUGCCAACAGUUUGUUCAUCAAUGCACAUUCAUGCGUUACUUGAGAUAUAACGCUCUUUCACCUUUGUGCAGGGUAGCCUAUAUCCGUUGUUUUUAAGAACACCAGGGCAUUUAGGGAUACCAAGUUGACUUUGGAUGUUGCAACGUCAUGUAGGGUAUCAUAGAGUUUGCAAAAUCAUGUUAAUAAUGUAAAUGCGUUU